GGUGGUACUGCGUGCUACCGUAAGCGGAUUGCACAUAAUCUGGCAUGGCAGUCUAUCGUCGUGCUCCAUCGCAAUAGGCCUAGCGCACGGCCGAUAGCUUUUUACCGCUGCAAGCAAUUCGGAAGAAAGGCGCCCAACUGAUUAGGCUUACAUUCUGGGCGGCGGCGACGACGGAAGCGCCCCGAUGGAGCUCGCCUUUACCGGCAGCUUCGCCUUGGCCGCAUGGCAGGUCCUUGGGAGGCUGCGAAAGCAUGCGGCAAAAAUUGAGGAAAACGUGAACGAUGGACUGCUCCUGGAUCAGUGGGAGGACGAAUGCAAGGCGUUGGUGGCCCAAAAGCGGCGUUCCGUUGCGGCCAUGGGCAAGGGCGCCGCUGCUAGCGGGCACGAGCACAUCUGGGACGACUGGAACAAGAAGAAGCUGAAGCCGGCUCAAAAGAUCCAGCUCGUAACCGACGUGGCGGAUUUGGCUCAGUGGGCGGGCGGCGGCAGCUGGGUUCCGGAGCUGAAGUCCGAGGGGCCGCUCAAGCCCUGGAGCAAGUACGGCACCAAGGGCAAGGUGCACCUGCUGCAGGCUGCGGACGCGCUGCAGUUCAACUUCGGUGAGGCCGCCCGGGCGCAGGCGGAGCUGCUGGCGGGCAACUGGCUGUGGCAGGUCACGGAGGCCCUGCCCGCCAUCUCCGCCGAGCCCAUCCGCGCCACCGCCCCACUUGCCCCGCUGGCGGAUCUCAAAACCCGACUGAGUACGGCAGACGCUGCCGUACGAGCGGCGUACGACAGCGAGCGGCGGAGCCAGGCGGCGGGUCUGAAGGGCCUUGUGGAGCCGCUGGCGGUGGCGGCGUGUGCCAGGAGGAUGCAGGUCCUGCGUGUGCUGCUGGAUGAGGUGGGCCUUACGCCCGCCAACGCUGCAGCUGCCGUACAGUCGAUCCGUACGGAGCUGACGUCGCCGCCGCUGACGUUGACGCCGGCGGAGGCGGCGGUGGCGGAGCAGAAGGCCGCGGCGGCGGCGGCGGUGGGGGCGGAGGCGGAGGCAGCGGUGGCGGAGGAGCGGGGAGCACGGAUGGCGGAGAUUGAGGAGGCGGCGGCGCGGACGUAUCGCCGGGCGCUGACGCUUCAGGCUUCUUCUCCGUCCCACUGGCACGCCAGCAGCGACACCCCCGCCCUGCACCGGUUGGGUCUGCUGGCGGCGCUGCUGGGCGAGCUGGUGGCGUGCGAUGCAGCGGCAGGAGCUGGUGGUGGUGCUGGUGCCGCUGCGGCUGACAUGGCGGACUCAGUGCGCAAGCUGACACCGCAGCUGAGGAUCAAGCUGAGCGAGGCUGAGGUGGCUCGUCGUACCGAGCUCCUGCAGGCCCUCACACCCGCACCACCCGCACCGGCGGAGGCGGAGGCGCCGGCAGCGGUUGAGGCGGAGGCGCCCGCUGCCCCCGUCGCUGAGGCCCCGGCGGCUGAAGAGACCUCGCCUGACGUCGCCGCUGCGACUGACGGCGACGGUGCUGAGGCAACCACCAACACCGCAGCAGCAGAAGCGGAGGAGGCGGAGGAGGCGGCGGAGGCUGAGACAUCUGAGGAGGCGGAGGCAGCGAAGGAGGAGGAGGUGCAGGUGGAGGAGGAGGAGGCGCCUCCGGCACCACCAGCUCGCCCCACCCCCUCCGCUGCUGCCUCGGAGCUGCGUGCGCUGCUGGAGGCCGCCAUUCGGGCGCAGCUGGCAGCGGCGCGGGAGGAGCGAAGGGCUGCUAGGGCGGCGGCGAGGGCUGAGGAGAAGGCGGCUGCCAAGGUGAAGGCGGAGGCGGAGCAGGCAAAGGCCGCCGCUGCUGCUGCUGCUGAGGAGGAGGAGGAGCAAGCGAAGGUUCCUGAGCAGGCAGAGGAGGAGGCGGAGAAGGCGGAGGUGGAGGCUCCGGUUGCUGCAGCGGCGGCGGCGGCAGUGGAAGAGAAGCAGCAGGAGGAGGGGGAGCUCGUUUCGGUUUCCUUGGAGGUGGUGCAAGCGGGUGUCACGGUUGGCUUGACGGUGACUGAGGAGGGCGGCGUCGCGGUUUCAAUCAAGGUUUCGGAGAGCGUCAUCCUCAGAAUUGCCGUGGAGGAGAAGCAGCAGCAGCAGCAGGAGGUUGUGAAGGCGGUUGAGCCGGAGGAGGCGGUGACGGCGGCAGCCGCAGCGGCAGCGCAAGAGGAGGAGGAGGAGGAGGAGGAGGAGCAGCAGAAGGCGGCUGUGGCGGAAGCCUCUUCUGACGAGUCGCUAGCGCAGGAGGCUCCCCCGUCGGCGCCUGAGGCAGAGGCCGAGGAGGAGAAGGCGGAAGAGCCUGAGGAGCAGCAGCAGCAGCAGCAGCAGCAGGAGGGCGAGGAGGCGGAGGAGGAGGAGCCACCCACAGCGGAGGAGGCGGUGGAUGUGGAGGCCGUGAAGAGCAGCGUGGAGGCGGAGGCACGGGCUCGCGCAGAGGCGGAGAAGGAGGCGGCGGUGAUGAAGCUGCAGGACGCGCUUGAAGCGCUGCGUGCCAGCGUCGCUGACAAGGCGACGAAGGAGCUCAUUGCACGUGUCAAUGCGGCGACGGCGGCGACGGAGGCUGGCGCUGACGGCGCGCCUGACGCCGGCGCGCGGCUGCUGGCGCUGGAGGCUCAGCUCCGGGCCGCCGGCGCGGCGGAGGCGAAUGCGCUCGCGAGGGCCGCCGCCGACGCCGCCGCCAGGCUGACGGCGGCGGAUCUGGCAUCACUCGACGGGUCGUCGGCGGCGGCAGUGGCGCGCGUCGCGACGGCGGCGGCGCGGGUUCAGUUGACGGGCGACGCAUUGAAGCUGGAGAUGGGUCCUGGGUGCUGCGAGGUGUUGCGUCGGUUGGAUGGUUGGUUGGACGAGCAACUGAAGGCCGCCGCGGACGCAGCGGAGGCCGCCGCCGCAGCAGCAGCAGCAGCUGCUGCGGAGGCGGAGGCGGAAGCGACGGCGGCGGAAGCGGCGGAGGGCGACGAGGCCGCCGCUGAUCCGAGUGGCGACGAGCAACCGAAGCCGCAACCGCAACAACCGGUCCAACCGCAACAACCGCAACCGAAGCCGGAGCGGUUGGUUGAGGGUCGGCGGUUGGUUUCGGAGCUGCUCAGUGAGGGCCUUGUGCUGCUGGAGCUGCCGGGGCCGUCGUACCGGAAGUUGCAGAUCCUGCGUGAGAGCGUGGAUGCGCUGGAUCCAGUCGGGGGGGAUGGUGCCGUACAACACCGCCUGCUGGGCACCCUGCAGGAGUUGGUUGGCCAGUUGGGCCCCAUCGGCGCCUCCGUCGACGCCCGCCUCAGCAAGGCGGUUGCCACCGGCAGCAGCAGCAACAGCAGCAGCAGCGACGCAGCUGUCCAGUCGGCCCUCGGCGGGGCGGGUGAGGAGCGCGAGAAGCUGCUGGCGGUGCGCAACACCGCGCUGGCCAUCUACCAGGCGCUCACCGCCUUCCUCAAGACGGAGACACGCAGCUGGGAGGCGGCCAAGGAGGACCUGGCCAAGGUCAAGGAGGCGGUGUACGGCAUCAAGAUCGAGCGCCGCGCUGCGACAUUGGACUCGGGCAUCUCCGGCUGCCGGGGGGUGGCGGAGCGGUGCGCGGCGCUGGCGGGAGGGCUGUUCGGGCUGGGGGCGGGCAGCGAGGAGGUUAAGGCAGCGGUGAGGGAGGCGGCGGGGGCGCUGCAGGCGACGGCGGAGAAGGCCCAGACCCUGCACUCCCGGCUGUCCGAGUACAUCUCCUUCGUGCGGCUGCGGGAGCACGCACUGGCGCUGCCCGCGUCGGCACCGGCGGACGCGGAGGAUGAUUACGAGCUGUCCAUGCCCACCCUGGAGGAGAUGAUGGCUCGGCACGGCGGCAGCGGCAGCAGCAGCGGGGAGGAGGGCGAGGAGGGGCAGGAGGAGGCGGAGGGGCAGCUCAGCUGGCUGGAUCUGGCAGGGCUUGGACUGCCGCCGCCCCCCGAGCAGCCCGAGGAGGAGGAGGAGGAGGUGGAUGAGGAAACCAAGGCAGCGCAGGAGGCCCACGACCAGGCGCUGUCCCAGCUGCAGGAGCGGCUGGACGGGUGGCACGCUGCGGGACUGAGGCUGCUGGCACGGGGCCGGGCGGCGCUGGUGACGCUAGGGGGUGCCUCCCUGGAAAGUGGCGAGCUGGCGCUCUCCGCCGACCCCGGCCUGCCCUCCGCCAAGAGCCUGCUGCAGCUGACUGCGGAACGGCUGGCGCGGCUGCAGCUGCUGGCGGCGGAGAGCGUGAGCGGCGCCAACAGCGGGGUGGAGAACCUGCUGCAAUGGUACAUCCUGGUCCCCCCCGCCGCCUCCGAGCCGCUGUCCGCCUUCCUGAGCGACAACAACCACUUUGGGCUGCAGGCGGGGCAGGUCCACGUGUGCAUCAACGACGUGCGCCCGCCGCUGCUGACGGAGGACAUGCGGGUGGUGCUGGAGGCGGGCGGAGCGCGGGUGGCGCGCAGCCAGCCGGGGAGCGGCGAGGUGUUCCUGGCCCUCCGCCGCAGCGGCGCGCUGGCUCACAUGCGCCGUGCAGGUGUGAGCUGCCUGGAGGUGGCGGCGGUGGAAGACAACCUGCCCGCCCGCCCGCUGGAUCCGGGCUUCCUGGGAGCGUGUACGGCAGCGGGGGUGGACUGCGCGGCCAAGGUUGCCGUACCUGGGGUGCAGACGGAGGGUCCCUCCGCGCUCCCCGAGGUGUACUCCCGCUACCUCGGACUGCUGGGCACUUCCUCGCACCUGCUACCCGCCCUGGCAGAUGCCGUACCCGCAAUCGGAACCUACUACUUCACAAUGUCGUACGUACGGAAGGUGGACGAGCUCCUGAAGAAGCAGCCGCUGGCGUUGUACCGCCUCGCUCCGGCGGAGAAGGUACCGCCAGUGACCCGUGGGUCGGCAGCGGUGCCGGCGGCUGCGGCUGCAAAGGCGGGUACGGCAGGAGCGGCGGCGGCGGCGGCGACGACGGCGGGGGCGGCUGGAUACCGGUUGGAACGUCGGUUGUCGGACUUUGCAUCGCCUGUGAUGCGCGCCUACCUGGGUUGCGAGGUGCGGCUCGCGCUGGCUGCGGUGGACGUUGGCUCCGAGUUCAGCCCGGUGUGGGGCGCGGCGCCCUUCUACCGCACCGCCUCGCCGCAGGCAGCCGUGGAUGCACUGCUGCUGCAGCACACGCGUUGGGUUGAGGAGAACGGCGGCGCGGUGGGUGAUGAGGACGGGGUGGUGGAGGUGGGGCCGCUGGUGUCGUACGGUGGAGAGGGCCUGGCGCCCAUCGUGGAGGGCAAGACGUACGACGAGGCGUACGUGCUGGAGCUGCAGGGUUUCUCCGCCCAGUCCUCGGGCACCUCCUCCAACCUGGGCCUGUGGGCGCUGCCCGCAGUGGCGCUGUCGGCGGGGGUGACAGCGCUGCGGCUGCUGGGGGGUGCGGCGGGGGCAGCGGGCAGGAAGUGAGCAGCAGCAGGGCAGGGAGGAGGGGGGUUGGGGUGGGGUAGUAGCAGCAGGGCAGAGCAGGGAGGAUGGGAGGAAGGCUUGAUGGGAGAGCAGGGAGGACGACGGCGGGAGCAGGCAGCAGCAGCUGCAGCAACACAGACAGGAUGCGGUGACACGUUAGGCCCCGUUGGGUUGGGCGUUGAGAGGCGGCUGGGUUGGGGGUGACUGGGCUGGGAGGAAAACGAAGUGGGCUGUUGGCUGGUUGGCGGCGGCGGCGGCAGUAGGGAAGGUGAAGUGGGCGUGUGAUGGGGAGGAGGGGGCAGACGGCAGCUGGGAAUGGCUGCAGGAGAAACGUGUGAAAGAUUGUAUAUGCCUUCUUCCGCGGCCGACAGAUUUUGGUUCAGAUACCGUAGUAGUAAGGGCCUGAAAGGAUACGGGCUGCCAAGGAUUGGGAGCUGGUGCGAGCAGUUGGCUGGGGGCGAAGGGGCCGUAGG